GCUUUAAAACAACCAACAAUCCGAAAACAAUAACCUUUGGUCGUCGAGAGACAGCCGUUCACACAGACUUCAAACAUUUCGGACUCCGUCAUCGAAAUUCACGGUGAAGAAUAACCAGACCUUUCAGCCAUGACCAGCUUCACAGCCGUCCACCGCGCCGUCGUCAUCUACCUGGACGACGCGGGCCAGGAGGUGUUCAGGAUCGACAAGGAGGUGGACGUGCAGGUGCCGCCGGCCUCCGGGGGAGCCUCGGCGGGUCCCUGCUCGUCGUCGGCGACCCCUGGGGCCCCCAAGUACCCGGGCAUGGUGCAGCUGCCGGCCCAGUCCUCCAAGGACUGCGGCACCACAGCUGCGCCGAUAUGUCCUCCCCCCUGCCCCCCACCCUGCCCGCCCCCCUGCCCACCCCCCUGCCCACCUCCAGCCGACCAAGGACAGUGCGUCAAGGAAAAAUUUGCAUCGAAGCAUGCGUCGCGUCUACCCCAACUGCAGAAAGAGCUGGUGUCGCUGACGGCCAGAGUGGGGCAGACGGCCGACGACCUGCAGAAGGCGUACGACGAAUACGUGUGCGCGUCGCGCGUGGAGCGGCAGCGGCGGGAGGGUGUGAUCAACCGCCUGGACAUGGUCCACGAGAACCUCAAGCACCUGGCCGAGGUGCAGUACGACCCGAUGCCCAGGCCCGACUCGGACGUGCACCCGCUGCGCAAGUGGCGCUUCACCAAGCCGGUGAAGGUGGAGUACCAGCGCGAGCCGGACAUGCGCUGGAAGCCCGACUGCCCCAAGGACAAGCCGCGGCGCAGCGUGCUGCCCGACGACGUGAGCUGCUCGUCGGCGGAGUACGUCGGGCCGCCCGAGAAGGAGCCGCCGCGCGGGGACGUGGCGCCCCAGGGUCUGGACGCGGUCCGCAUCAACCACGAGCCGCUGUGGGACCUGGCCAACCGCUUCAAGGGUUGGCAGUGCGCAGCGCCUCCUCCACCUCCGAGGUGCAACUAGAAACAAGGUUAAGCCCUGCCAGCGAACGGCUUCCUCGUCGGCGGAGGGUCCCUCGAGGUGGAGGCUGUAGUAGGCAUCUCAGCACGACGUCAUCCCGACCGGACGAACACCCAAAUCCGCCGAGAAGAGACGCCGUCGUCUCCUCUGCGUCGCUGGCUCGGAGACGUUGCCUAAGUUCGCCCACGGAGCGGCGAGAACGCAAACAACCGAAGCUGGCACACGUCAUACACACUCGUCGUGCCCCAAAGCAAAAAAAAAAAAUAACUCACGCAAAUUUUAUCCACGUGUAUCCUGUUUUAAUACAUCACCACAUUUAAAAGCAAAUUUUAUAAUAAAACGAUUCGAGAAUC